UGCUACGGGCUUUUGCUUUUGGCUUAUAUUGAGUUGUGGAAUGAAGCAGUUUCUCAAGUGGGAUAUAAUAAAGUGAAAAGAACACAAGUGCUAUUUGAAAAUGGCUGAAUCAGUUUUGUCUGUGUGUUGGAAAGACUACACCAGUGAACUUGCUACAGUGUAUAAAAGUUUAUUUGAGAAGAAUUUUUUGGUGGAUUGCACUAUAUCUGCUGAGGGUCAAAGCCUAAAAGUCCAUAGGCUGGUUUUAUCUGCGUGCAGUCCUUACUUUCAUAAACUGUUUGCUGAGGACACUGAGAAGCAUCCAUUAAUCAUUAUCUCCGGCGAAUCCUUUACAACUCUAAAAGCUGUAAUAGAUUUUGUGUACCGAGGGGAGACUCGUGUUACAGAAAGAAAUCUGAAAGCUUUUCUGAAUCUCGCUCAAUCCCUACAGAUCAAGGGCCUAAAUGCCUUUACUAAAGAUAACAAGAACCAAUCCAAAAGUCCUUCAGGAAACAUCUCUUGUGGUUUGGCUGAAGAUAAUCAAAACACCUGUGAAGUUGAAACCAUUAACACUAGCGACAAGGACAGCCCUGAAAAUUAUUCUCUACGUCCACCCUUUUCGGAUGGCUACCCAGACACUGUUCACACAAACUCUUCUAUUCCUUUUGAAGGAUGUAGUACCACAUGUGAGGAAGCCCCGUCAGCAUCAGCAAAGGCACCGUUUCUAGAGCAGAGAUCUCUGGGAUGCGAUGAGGUGUCAGUAGACACAGACACAACUGUGAAACAUGAAGUUUUCUAUCCUGGAUUUUUGGAAACGAGACACAAUAAUUGCCCAAAUACUUUUACAAAGUGUUAUAAGGAUAAGAACGUAUCCAGUAAUACUACUAGAAGUAUACCUCAAGGAACAUUUAAGGGUAAUCAAGACACAUACGAGGUUCAAAAUAUUAAUUCUAGCUACAAUCCUGAAAAUUAUUUUCAACCUCCUAAUUUAGAUGGCUACCCAGAUGCUACGAUCACAAAUUCUUCUGAUCCCUUUGAAGGAUCUAGUGAAAGAUUAUCUGUGCAAGAAUAUCAGAGAUCUCCAGGAUGUGAUAAAGUUUCUGUAGAAACUGAAAUAACCGUGAAGCAUGAACCUUUGAACGCUGAAUUUUCGGACAAAAGAAAUGAAAGAUUGCCUAAUGUUGAUAGGGAUGAAUCCAUCUCUGGAAAUUUUAUUAGUGAAGUAAAUGGAGGAACUGCUUCUGCACUUGAUGAACAAGAUUUGAAACAGUACCCAAAUUGUACUGCAUCAUCUCAUGGAAAUGUUGAAUCAUCAGUGGGGUCACCUCCACAACAGCCGGACCUGCAGUUUGGCCAUGAAGUCUCUUCUGGCAAAGGUGUUGCUACCGAUGCGAUGCCUACUGUAUUUGUUCCAAAAAGUGUCCAAAUGGAUGUUCAAGAAAGAGAAGAACUCCAGAGUGACUCUAAUGUGUUACAAAAUGAUGCAAAUGAAGGAAGAGACCCUCUACAUGAUGAGCAAAACCCCAACCAAUUCUCAAGUACGCGCACGCACACCGGGGAGCGCCCGUACGUGUGCGACGUGUGCGGGCGCGCCUUCGCCUACCAGAGCAGCCUCAUCACGCACCGGCGCAAGCACACGGGCGAGCGCCCGUACCGCUGCGACGCGUGCGGCGCCGCCUUCGCCCACAUGAGCACCCUCGUCACGCACCGCCGCCGCCACACGGGCGAGCGCCCCUACCCGUGCGCGCGCUGCGGCAAGCACUUCACCCUCAGCUCAAUGGCUUUGAAAGACGACUCUGCUAUCUCAUGA